GAUCCGCCAAAGAGAUGCCGAGCUGGCGCUUCUGCGCGUGGCCGCAGCCACGGUGCCGGAAGAGAACCGGGAGGAGGCGCAAGAACCUGAGCGAGAGGUGGUGACCCUCAAUGAAGGGGACGUGGACUUCGACAGGAGCAGCGCCGCCAAAGUUGUGGCGACUGCUGGCGCAUUGAACCCGGGGGACGAGGUGGUGUCGGUGAACGGGCUGUCUGCCAAGAACAUGUCUUGGGAGGAGCUGGAUGCGGCGCUGGCGCCGCGGCCGGUGGUUCUCACGGUGCAAAGGCAGCGCAGAGGCGGCCUCGCCGGGCGCGUGCGGUCCUUGUCCGUGUGGACCCGGCAAGCUGCCAAGGCUGCAGCGCGAGAGCUGGAGCUGGCCAUGGCUGAGCUUCCGGUGGAUGAGAACAUGGCCUACGCGCAGUCUAAAGAAGAUAUCUUGAGGGAGCCAACGCCAAGACGAGAGACAUUAUGAAGCAGCCAGGCGAAGAUAGCAGCUGUGACGAGAAGCGCUGCUCUAGCGCAGAUCUUGUGUCCAAUCUGCACGACGUAUUGUGCCCCAGAGACAUGACCAAGCAGACACUUUCUGUGUGUCGUUUACCUCCCAGCUCGAUUCGUUUCACACAUGACUCUAUCAGUGCGCGGUUCUCUUGUGGCCGCGUGGUUGAAGAUACGUUUACGGAGCUCUUGCGGGGCGUCAUAGACAUUUGUGCAAUACCUCGCCUGACUGUUGUUUGGCAUUUGGAUGAUUGGUUUACGUACACGGGUAACAGGCGUUUGCAUGUGUUCAGACGACUGGAAGAGCAAGGCAAGCUGCAUGAAGUAGAGGUGGCCAUGACACGCAGACGACUCGAGCCAAAGAAGUUUACCACUAAGAACAUGGGUCAAUCUGUGCGUGUCCGAGCUUUGAAGCCAGUCUCGUGACCUGCGGUCAGCGCGGAUGGUAUCCACUCCGUUCGUCAUGAAGCGAAGAGACAAGCAGACCUGCGACGCGGCCUAGGAAAACAGCUUUGCUGCCCAGAGUCGCAGAUCUCUUUUCGUUGCUUCCCCGUGGUUUGUAACCCCACGUCUGAGCGGCGUGUUGAACUUGCAGGCCGGCGCUUUCGUG